AAUUUAACUUUUUAUACGCGGCAGAGAAGCGUCAAAAGAGAACAUAACAUUAGCGGGGAAAAAGAAAAAAACUCAAGUUCUUUAACAUUCACAAGUUUCAAUACGUAGAAUAAUCGUACUUCAAAAUCAUAUCAUAUUAACUAUUAAAAAAAACAUUAACAAAACUUUACAUGCCUUGUGAAUUUUUACUUACUCCUUGUGAAUGUUGGGUUUGGAAGAUUUAUCGCUAACAAACUAGAAGAAACACACUAUCACUUCGAAAAAGUUAAACUACUCACAAGGUAAGUUGUGAGUAGAUACUCACAAAGACAAAGAAAACGGUAAACAAAUAGGAGAAGUGAUGGCCCAUUAAAUUCCCAACCACCUUUAACUCUCUAACCCUCUUUCUCUCUCUUAUUUCUUUUUUUUUAAUGGAUAUUGGUCAGUGAUAAAUUAUUUUUUUAUGUACUGAUAUUAGUAUGUGAUGAUAGGAUAUAAUGAUGUUCAUGCGAUGGAUAUUAGUUUGCGAAGUAAUAGAUAUUGUGUAUUCCAUCAAAACUAAAUACACUAUCAAAUCCUUUUUUUUAAUGGAUAUUGGUCAGUGGUAGAUUGUUUUUUAAUGUACUGAUAUUAGUAUGUGAUGAUAGGAUAUAAUGAUGUUCAUGCGAUGGAUAUUAGUUUGCGAAGUAAUGGAUAUUGUGUCUUCCAUCAAAACUAAAUACACUAUCAAAUCCUAACGCAUAAGGCUUGCAACCUUAGUUAGGGCUGCCUGCCGAGGGCCCAUGAGCCUUUGGCCCAUGAAACAAUAAUAUUUGUUUGCAAUGAAUGGAGAUUAGUUUAGGUGGUUCGGAUAUGUGUAGUUGGUAUUACUCUGCGAUUGUCAGAUAUUAAUAUGUUCGUCGUGGGUAUUUGUCUGCGAUAGUCAGAUAUUAAUCUGUUCGUCGUGGGUAUUUGUCUACGAUUGUCGGAUAUUAGUCUGUGUGAGGUGAGGUGGGUAUUAGUCUCUAUGGUGAGGAUAUUAAUUAUUGGCUGACUAGAUAUUGGUCUUAGAAGAUAUUUGUUAUGGUGAACGGAUAUUAUUAUGGCUGGUUUGGAUAUUUGUUUUGUGUGGAUGUGUUAUUGUGAUGAAGUGAUGGAAAGAGAGGAGGAGACUCACAUAUGAUUUCGAAUUCGAACCGAGUUAUAUUUGGUGGAAAAUCCGAACCGAACCGAAAUAUAGCUCGAUUCGAAUUCGGUUGGAGUAUUACUAAUUUCGGAAAAUCGACAUAUACUAGUUCGGUUCGGUUCAAACCGAACCAACCGAACGCCCAUCCCUACAACUUACCUACCUUGUGAGUAGUUUAACUAGGUUGCUAUCACUCACCUUAAUUGUUGCUCUAAGGAAAAGAUAAUUUUACUGAACAAAAAAAUCUGAAAAAUAUCAGUACUUGGCGCCGAAAUGUCGUUUCUUUUCCAUCAACCGGAUAACCUCCCUAGGGCCUUCCACUGCCAUAUCCUUCCGCCGGAGCCGGUGUACCACCUCGAUUCCCCGGCCAUAACGUCCAGUUCUCCCUCCACUCAACUCCUAGGCGUUCUGCGGCGAAUGGAAACCAUUUGUUCCCUCUGCACUUGGUUGUUCUCUCUCGGUCAAUUCGUCGAGCACCUGUGACGCAAAAUAUCUUGUCUGCUUUCACUGGUAAUCGUUCUCUAUGGCCGUGCUAAUACUAUGCUCUUCUACUGUAUGCUGCGGCACUCUCAAUUAUACUCUUGCGCUCACAGAGCACAUUAAAUUUUCUCCUUUGAGCUGUAGUGAAGUGUCUUUAGGGAGUGUAAAGGUUGCAAAUUUGAGGUUCUCGUCAUCUGGGUAUCUGGCAAAUGGAAAGAAACUCAGGAAACGGAAAUUGGGUUUACGUGUGUUUGCGGCAGAAAGCCAACCCCUUGAGGCGGCUGUGACAGGGAAACUUGGGAAUCGGGUAUCCUCUGAGGACGUCGUAACCUUUCUUGGUUCAACUUCAGACUUGACUACUGCUUUCUCCUACUUCAAUUGGGUUUCGAAGUUUCCUAAUGUUGUUCACACCACUGAAACAUGUAAUCAAAUGCUUGAGCUCUUGAGGGGUCACGGAAGGGUCGCAGACAUGGUCACCGUGUUUGAUUUGAUGCAGAAGCAGAUCAUAAGGCGGAGCGUUGAUACAUAUUUGAUUAUUUUCAAGGCCCUCCAAAUCAGAGGUGGGCUCAGGAAAACACCAUUUGCGCUAGAGAAGAUGAAAGAAGCAGGGUUUGUUUUGAAUGCAUAUUCGUACAAUGGCUUGAUCUACUCACUACUUCAAUCAGGCCUUUGUCGAGAAGCGCUAGAGACGUAUAGAAGAAUGGUUUCAGAAGGUCUCAAGCCAAGCCUUAAGACUUAUUCCGCUCUUAUGGUAGCAUUGGGGAAGAGAAGGAACAUAGAAGCAGUGAUGGAUUUGUUGAAAGAGAUGGAGAGUAUAGGAUUGAGACCAAAUGUUUACACAUACACCAUAUGCAUUAGAGUGCUAGGAAGGGCUGGUAAAAUCGAUGAUGCUUGCAGGAUUAUGAAGAGAAUGGAUGAUGAAGGCUGUGGACCUGAUGUCGUUACUUAUACAGUUCUUAUUGAUGCUCUUUGUACAGCAGGCAAGCUUGACAAAGCUGCAGAAUUGUUCUUAAAGAUGAAGGCUAGUCGUCACAAGCCCGACAGGGUAACCUAUAUCACUAUGUUGGACAAGUUCAGUGAUUGUGGGGACCUGGAUAUGGUAAAAAAGAUUUGGAAGGAAAUGGAAGCUGAUGGUUAUGUCCCUGAUGUAGUUACUUAUACCGUGUUGGUAAGUGCUUUAUGCAAAUCAGGCAAUAUUGAUGAUGCAUUUCGUACAUUGGAUGUUAUGAGGAACCAAAACAUUCAUCCAAAUCUUCAUACUUACAACACUUUGAUUUGUGGACUCUUGAGAUUGAACAUGUUAGCAGUUGCACUAGAUAUAUUUAAGGAUAUGGACAAUGCAGGUGUUAAGCCCACAGCGUAUACAUACAUCCUUUUCAUCGAUUACUAUGGGAAAUCUGGUGACUCUAGAAGAGCCAUCGAGACCUUUGACCUAAUGAAAACAAGUGGGAUUGCUCCUAACAUUGUUGCUUGUAAUGCAUCUUUAUACAGCCUGGCUGAAAGUGGCAGGCUUGGAGAAGCCAAAGCUAUUUUCUAUGGGUUGAAAAGAAGUGGGCUUGCUCCAGAUUCAGUGACAUACAACAUGAUGAUGAAGUGCUACAGUAAGGUGGGGCAAGUGGAUGAAGCUAUUAAUUUACUGUCUGAAAUGGUGGGAAAUCAUUGUGAACCUGAUGUCAUGGUGAUUAAUUCUCUGAUCGAUAUGCUUUACAAAGCGAGUCGAGUGGAUGAGGCGUGGGAAAUGUUCAGUAGAAUGGAGGACAUGAAACUUGCACCUACUGUCGUGACCUACAACACACUGCUAGCAGGUUUGAGAAAAGAAGGUAAAGUCCAGAAGGCAAUUGAUUUAUUUGAGAGCAUGAAGGCACAAGGGUGUUCCCCAAAUACAGUAACCUUGAACACACUGCUAGAUUGCCUUUGCAAAAAUGAUGAGGUUGAUUUAGCCUUGAAGAUGAUGUAUGAAGUUAAUUGUGGUUGUGAUGUUCUCACUUUCAAUACCAUCAUUCAUGGUUGCGUGAAAGAAAAUAGAGUCAAUGAUGCGAUUUGGGUAUUCUAUCAAAUGAAGAAGUUUCUUAGGCCAGAUCAGAUUACUUUGUGCACCUUGCUUCCUGGUAUUAUAAAGUGUGAGCAGAUUGAGGGGGCUUUCAAGAUUGUUGAGGAGUUUGUUCAUGGAUCACGGGUGGAUGGCUCAUUCUGGGAAGAUUUAAUGGAAGGGAUUUUAACUGAAGCCGGGACAGAGAAAUCUAUUGCAUUUGCUCGAAGGGUGGCAAGCGCUAGGCUCUGUUUGGAUGACUCCAUAUUGUUUCCUGUCAUCAAAGUUUUCUGUAAGCGUAGGAAGGCAUUGGAAGCUGAAAAUGUAUUUUCAAUGUUUACAAAGGAAGUGGGAGUUGCACCAACGAAGAAAUCUUACAACUGGCUGAUUGCUGCUCUGCUUGCAGUGCGCAACUCGGAUGCAGCUUGGAAUCUUUUUGAGGAAAUGAAGGCUCAGGGUUUAACUCCUGACGUAUUCACCUACAACAAUUUACUCAAUGCUCAUGGGAAAUCUGGCAAGAUUAAUGAGCUCUUCAAACUAUAUCAAGAGAUGAUCUACAAAGGGUGCAAGCCAAAUGAUAUAACCCACAACAUAGUUAUCUCCAACCUUGUGAAAUCCAAAUGCAUGGAUAAGGCCAUGAAUUUGUUCUAUGAUCUCAUUAGUGGUGGUAGUGAUUUCUCUCCCACUCCUUGCACCUAUGGCCCACUAAUAGAUGGUCUUCUAAAAUCUGGGAGAAUCGAGAGAGCAAAACAGCUGUUCGAGGACAUGGUGGAAUACGGUUGCAAGCCUAAUUGUGCUGUGUACAACAUUCUCAUGAAUGGAUUAGGGAAGAAAGUUGGUGAUGUGGAUACUGCCUGUGAAUUGUUUCAAAGGAUGGUAAGAGAAGGAGUAAGACCAGACUUGAAAACUUAUUCCAUUUUAGUCGACAGCCUUUGCUUGGCAGGGAGAGUGGAUGAAGCUCUGCACUACUUCGAGGAAUUAAAGCAGACCGGUUUAGAACCAGAUGUGAUUGCAUACAACGUGAUGAUAGAUGGACUUGGGAGAUCUGGUAGGAUAGAAGAAGCUCUUGCAUUUUUCGAAGAAAUGAGAAAUAGGGGUCUCAAACCUGAUCUCUACACAUACAAUUCUUUGAUUCUGUAUCUCGGGAUUGGUGGAAUGGUGGAACAAGCAAAGAAGAUGUAUGAGGAGCUGGAAAUGGUGGGCCUCGAACCUAACGUGUUCACUUACAAUGCUCUGAUCCGGAGUUACAGCGUGUCUGGGAAUUCUGAUCUCGCUUAUGUUGUCUAUGAGAAGAUGAUGGUUGGCGGCUGCAGUCCUAACGAUGGAACAUUUGCUCAGCUUCCUAAUACGUCGUAAAGCUCUUCAUCGAUCUUGCAGUGGUUAGCGAGCGAGCACUGAACUUUAACUAAUUUGUCAUGGUUGUACUGAUAUAACUCCACCAAUGGAGUUCUAUGAGAUUUAGCAUUGGCAACAACCGCCAGGUGAUGACAGAUCGAAUGACGCUGACUUCAGCUACCUGGGACAGAUGCAACUAAUGGAUCAUCCUGCCCAGAAGUUGUGAGAAGUUGGAGCUGGGCAUGGAGUAUGUGCAAUUUCGGUCCAUGGUUCGUCCAUUCGGUCCAUGGUUCGUCCACUGACCUCAAAAUUAUACCCGUGACAGGCUCUCUCGGAUGUGUUUGCACAGUGACGAUGUAAUUAGUGAUAAUUCUGUUGCUGUAUAUAGUUGUCAUCGGCUUCUUGCCUGAAUUUGCUCAUAUGUGAAGUGAUAAUUCUAGCAAUGCAAUUCUUUAGAUAAGCAUGAUUCAAUUUUAAAUGCGACAUUCUUUUUGGUCAGGUUCGCUUUGACAUCUUUCACUCAAUACUCUUCUCACUGAGGUGUUUCCACCGAUUGUGUCACGAUUCUCUACUGAUUUCAUAAAUUGUUGCAAGAUCU